UAUUUUAGAGGGCCUUUAAGGUGUUCAUAAGUAGUCGAGGGAUGAUUCAUUUGAGAGAACGCUUGUAAAUCGAUGUUAUAGUGGCAAAGAGUUUUCUUGUAACGCUUGAACGGAUUUCAGUUACGGAAAUGAGACUAUUUGUGUCGGAAUUGGACCGAAAUCAAUCGUAAUGGAUUUAUCUCCUGACGAGGAUAAUUUCCAAGGACGGCUACUGCACCAGGCGGCGCUGUGGGACAACGAGCAGCUGCUGCGGGAGCUGCUGGCGUCCGGCGCGGCGGUGGACGCGCGCGAUGCCAGCGGGCGCACCGCACUGCACGCCGCCGCGCUGGCCGAGCGCAGCGCCUGUCUCGCCGCGCUGAUUGCUGCUGGGGCAGAUGUGAACGCCACCAGUGACGCUGCAGCCGGCGGCGAGACGGCGUUGCAUGUAGCGGCAGCGCGCGGGCACGCGGAGAACGUGCGCGCGCUGCUGUCUGCGGGCGCGCGUCCCGAGUUAACGGACGCGGCGGGAGACACCGCGCUGGCGCUGGCAGAGCGCGGCUGUCACAGGCACGCUGCUAAUGAACUCAGAGAAGCUAGAGAUGCCAUAGAGAGGGAGCGCGUUUCGCAGCACUUGGCGCUACGCGAGCUGGUGUCGCGCGGUGAGGCGGCGGCGCUGCGGGCGCGGCUGGCGGCGCUCGGCCCCGCAGCGCCCGUGCUGGCCAACCUGACCCCCGCCGGCGCUAACACCUUGCUAUACGUUGCUUGCGAGACUGGUUCCGCGGCGUCCGCGGCGGCGCUAGUGUCUGCGGGCGCGGACGGUCGCGCUCACCCCGUCACACGAUACGGCCCGCUCUACAUCGCCUGUUACCACGGGCACAAGGACAUCGCAACCCUCCUGCUCACGCACUUCCCAGAGGCAGUGCAACAAGAGACGGUAGAGAAGUGGUUGCCGCUGCACGCAGCCUGUAUCGGCGGUCACGCUGCACUCGUCACUCUCCUGCUGGAGUACCCCUACCCUGACACGCUGCUCAAUACAUAUACUGACGCGUCAGGUCAGUGGCGGUAUCGGUUCGCGUUCGACGUGAACGCGCGCGAUGCGAGCGGGCAGACCGCGCUGUACGUCGCCUGCACGCUCGGCAACGCCGCCGUCGUCGAGGCCCUGCUCGCCUUCACGCUGCCCAAGGAGAGGACUGAUGUAGCGGAGGAGGCGAGCGAGGCGGGGACGCCGGUCGCGGCGGGGGCGGCGCCGAGCCCGCACCGCGCCGGCAUCUCGCUCGGCAUACACGCCAUCGUCAGCAAGCUCACCGGCAACAACAAACAGGGUGCGGCGGAGGCGGAGGCCCGCGUGCGUCCUGUGCGCGUGGAGGUGUCGCGCGGCGCGGACAGCUGCGUGGCGGCGGCGGUGCGCGGCGGACAUCUGCGCGUGCUGCGUCUGCUGCUCGCCGCCGGCGCCUCGCCCGACGGCACCGCGCAGCCGCCGCACCAGGAGGAGAGCGAGACGCGAGACCGGCGCCGGUCUCGGAGCGCGUCCGCUGCGUACGGCCGCGCCUCCGCCUCCCCCUCCCCCUCCCCCUCCCCCGCGCGCCCUGGAUACACCGACGACCGUGAUGGCGAGGGCGUGUGGACGGCGCUGUCGCUGGCGGCGCUGCGGCGCUCCGUGCCCGCGCUGGAGAUGCUGCUGGCUGCGGGCGCCACCGACCCCGGCGGCCGCGCGCUGCCGCUCUGCGCACAGCACGGCCUCGCCGAGCCCCUCGCCGCGCUGCUCGCCACUAAAGCGUACCCGGACCCGGACUACAAGCUGAACAAGUCGGUGAUGAGCGAGUCGGUGCUGAGUUCGCGCGACGCAGACUCCGCCCUCUCGUACAGCGCGCGCUGCCCCACCACGCCAGUCAUGGUGAACUGGCGCGACCUGCGCUGUCACCUGCCCACCAUCAAGAUGAGCUGGCUGCGCACGGCGGCGCUGCGGGUGAACCCCAAGCUGAGCGCGUCGUGCGGCGGCGCGCUGCUGGCACUCACGCGGCUCGAGCUGGCCGGCAACGAGCUGCGCGAGCUGCCCAGAGAGAUCUUCUCGCUCGUCAGCCUCAGGUAUUUGAACGCGGCUCAGAACAAGCUGGAGCGCCUGCCGAGCAGCGGCGACCCGCUGGAGGAGGAGCUGGACAGGUCGCGACGCGGCAAGCGGCCGGCGCGCGCAGCCGCCGACGUCUACACCGCGCCCGUGCUGCAGGAGCUGUACCUGCAGGACAACCGCCUGGAGGAGCUGCCGGCGGCGCUGUUCUCUCUGCCGGCGCUGGCCAGCCUCGACGUGUCCAACAACAAGCUGCGCGCGUUGCCGCCGCAGAUGUGGUCGGCGCCGCGGCUGAGGGACCUCAACGCCGCACUCAACCACCUGCGCGACCUCCCCGCCGCCUGCAGGCCGCAAGGUUCUUGUGCGACGUCGGGCUCCCCCGCGGAGACGCCGCAGUCCCCGCAGCUGAGCGCCUCGCCCUCCACGCACAGCGGACAGUUCACCCUCGCCGCCGUCUCCGCAUCUCAAUCUAAGUCAUCGUCGCGCAGUCCGUCGAUAGAGGGCGUGGAGGGGGUGGAAGGAGUGGCGGAGGACGACGACGAGGCCGCACUGCCAGUCGGCAACCGCGCGGGCAACGCCGUAUGGUCGGAGGCGCGUCGUGCGCACGCGUGGCGCGGCACACUGGCCGCCUCCCCGCCCCCGGCGCGGGGCGGGGCGUGGGGCGGGGCGGGGGCGGCGCCGGGGGUGGGGGGCGGCUCCCCUCUCACGGCACUCAAUCUGUCUCACAACCAGUUCACCAGCGUGCCGCAGCCGCUCGCCUGUCUCGCGCCCUCGCUCACCAGACUCAAUAUGGCCUACAACUCGCUGAGGUCGAUGUCGUACGUGACGUCAUACCCGACCAGCCUGCGCCAGCUGGACCUCAGCCACAAUGAGAUCACCUGCUGGCCCAGUCUGCCCCAAGUGGAAAGCUUCGGUCUAUCAGACGGCGACCCCCUGGCGUGCUACUGUCCCAACUCCUCGGGCAGCAGCAGCAGCAGCAGCAGCAGCAGUGGGGGCGGGGGCGUGCGGCCGCGUCCGCGCUCCGGCGGCUCCGUGCGCUCGCAGCUGCUCAGCGCCGCCUGCCCCGCACGCAGACAUCUCAGGCUCGAGGGUCUCAGGACUUUGAUCCUCGCCAACAACUUGCUGAGCCGCAUUCAACUGACGACAGACGACGACGGCCUGGCCACCGCCGUGCACCAACACUCCAACGAUGAGGAUGACGAGUGGGGGUCCGGAUGCAACGUGAAAGAGCGGCUGCUGUUCCCGCUGCUGUCGAUGUUGGACGUGUCGUGCAACUGUCUGCGCGCUGUACCGCCCGCCAUACACGAGCUCACCAACCUCUCCGUGCUCAACAUCAGCGGCAACAAAGAUAUAACAGAUCUGCCGCCGCAGAUGGGUCUGCUGACGAGGCUGUGGAGCCUGAACACAGCGGGGUGUGCGCUGGGGGAGCCGCUGCGGUCGCUGGUGCGCGGCGCGCGGUGCCGCAGCGUGGACGUGGUGGGCUACCUGCGCUCAGUGCUGCAGGAGGCCAAGCCAUACGCACGCAUGAAACUCAUGCUCGUCGGUGUACAGGGUAUUGGUAAGACGAGCCUGCUGGAGUGUUUACGACAAGAAUCAGCGAUGCAGCACCGCAGAAAACCUACAGAUCACUGGGCGAAGCGUAUGGGCAACAAGUCGUCGCGGCGCGGCAAUGUGUCAACAGUGGGCGUGGACAUCGGCAGCUGGGUGUACGAGAAGCAUCGCUCCACGCGAGGACCUGUCACCUUCCGCACCUGGGACUUCGGCGGACAGCAGGAGUACUACGCCACACACCAGUACUUCUUGUCACGCCGCUCACUGUACCUGGUGGUGUGGCGCUGCACUGACGGCCGCCGAGGUCUGGCUGGAGCACUCGCAUGGCUCAGGUCUAUACAAGCGCGGGCCCCGGGCUCGCCCGUCAUCAUGGUCGCCACACACUAUGACCAAGUCGCCAAUAGCGGUCUACCGGAGAACGAGAGUCCAUCGGCGCUGCAGCGGCUGAUCAGGUCCGCGGUGAUGGCGGCGCCCGACGCCGACAAGCUGGGCCUGCCGCGUCUGCUCGACUCCAUUGAGGUGUCGUGCAGCACGAGACACAACAUUCGUCUGCUGGCCGACAUCAUCUACUCUGUGGCAUUCAGCGUCAAGCCGCCAGGCAGCAAGGAGCCGCUGCUGCAGCAGCGCGUGCCGGCCACGUACCUGGCGCUGGAGGAGUGCGUCACCGCGCUGGCCGCGGAGCUGCGCGAGCCCGUGCUGCGCCACGACGAGUACAAGCGUCUUGUGACGCAGUACAUGCAGCAGCGCAACCUGCGCAUGUUCCGGGACGCCGCCGAGCUGCACCAGGCCACCAUGUUCCUGCACGAGAACGGCGUGCUGCUGCACUACGACGACGCGACGCUGAAGGAGCUGUACUUCGUGCGGCCGCAGUGGCUGUGUGACGUACUCGCACACGUCGUCACCGUGCGAGAGGUCAACCCCUUCGCUAACAAUGGUAUAAUGAAGGUGGAGGACCUGGCGCACGUGUUCAAGGCGUCGCCGCUGCUGGCGCGCAGCGAGGAGGCGCGCGCGCUGGCAGUCUCGCUGCUCAACAAGUUCGAGCUGGCGCUGUGCUGGGACGCGCGCGUGCUGCUCGUGCCGCCGCUGCUGCCCGCGCACGAGCCCCUCACCCCGCAGUUAGCGCUGCGCACGCGCACGUGGCCGGGCACGCCCAGACACGCGCGCUGCGCCGCCCUCGCCCCCGCCCCCGCCCCGCUGCCCGCCGACUCGCCUACGCUCAUACGUAAGUCGUCACACAUUCACAGUUAUACCUUUGUGUGGGGGCGGCGGGGCGGGGCGGCGCUGCGGCGGUUGCUGCUGCUGUCGUAUGUGCCGUGCGGUUUCUGGGCGCGGCUGUGUGCGCGCGUGCUGGCGGAUGCCGCACUCGCGGGCGCCGCCCCGGACCUCUACCGCCCUCCCCCCGAGAUGGAGGUGGACGAUGCGGUGUCGCGGGCGCUGGAGCUGUCGUGGGGGUGGCGGCUGUGGCGCACGGGCAUGAAGCUGGUGUGCGGGGAGCUGACGCUGGUGGCGCUGCGGGAGCUGCCGCCGCGCUACGACCCGCUGCUCGGCGCCAAGGGGGACGAGGAGGAACACGACGAGCUCUAUCACAACAUGAGGUUCCGCGUGCGACAAGAGGGCACGUGGUGCGAGCUGGACGUGCAGUCCUCGGCGUGCGUGGAGCUGCUGCUGCCCGCACACGUGUGCGUGCUGCGCCGCCAGGACGGUCUGCCUCUCGGCGGGUACCAGAGCAUAAGUCUGGAGCCGAACCCGGAGGUGCUGGCGAAGGUGCUGGCGCUGGUUUCCGACCACGUGGAUUUGCUGCUCGAGGACUGGUAUCCCUCGCUUGGCACACGUUUUGUGCACACGUCGGAGGGUCGUUGUUUGAUAACACGCGUGGUGCCGUGUCCGGGCUGCGUGCGCGACGCGGGCUCGCCCCUCGCCCCGCUAGCCCCGCCCCUCCCCGGACACGCCCCGUCCCUUGCAGGCCACGCCCCCUCCCGGCACGACGAUCAACAAUUGGCUCAGAUGCUGGUCCGACUGGAGUUGGGUGAGGCGGAGCCCCGCCGGCUGCGGCUGUCCGAGGAGUCGCGUACCUCCGACGGAGACAGCGGCGUCGGAGCGGAGUCCAACGCGUCGUCUCGCAUCGGGUCGGUGGAGGGCGUGGCGAGCGCGAGCGGACCCGUGGCCACCUGCUGGACCCUGGAGGAGUGCAUCCUGGCGGCGUGCAGCGGCCAGCGUCUGCACUGCGCCCAACACGCCGACGUCGACCUCAGGGACGUCGCCCCCGACACGCUGCUGCUGGACGUGGAGGAGGAGCGCCGCGCGCGCUGGGAGCACAUUCAGCGCGGCGCGGUGUGCGGCCGCGGCGCAUUCGGCACAGUGCUGGCGGCGCGCUGGCGCCCCCCCGGCCGCCCCCCCAUCGCCGUCGCCCUCAAGGCGCUGCAGCCGGUGCCGCCCACCGCCCCCCACCACCUCAGCGCGCUGCAGGCAUACAAGGCGGCCGCGUCGCGCUGGGAGCGGUCCCCGCUGGCGGCGGCGUGUCGCGCGUACUGCGGCCUGCGCCAGGAGCUGAGCAUCGUGGCGCGGCUGCGACACCCGCACGUGCUGCCGCUGCUGGCCGCCUGCCCGGCCCCGCUGGCGCUGCUGCUGGCGCUGGCCCCGCGCGGGGCGCUGGACGCGGCGCUGCGCGAGUACCGCGGCUGCGGCCGACGUCUGCCGCCGCGUCUCGUGCGCGCCCUCGCGCUGCAGCUCGCCCGCGCCCUCGAGUACCUGCACGCGAACCGCGUCCUCUACAGAGACCUCAAGUCGGAGAACGUGCUGGUGUGGGAGCUGCCUCGGCCAGCGGAGGCGGAGGCGGCGGAGCGCGCGCCCGGCCCCGUGCCCGUGCACGUCAAACUCGGAGACUACGGUAUCAGUAGAAUGGCGCCGCCGUCGGGCACCAAGGGCUUCGGCGGCACGGAGGGCUUCAUGGCGCCGGAGAUCAUGCGCUACAACGGCGAGGAGGAGUACAACGAGAAGGUGGACUGCUUCUCGUUCGGUAUGCUGCUGUACGAGGUGCUGACGCUGAGACAGCCGUUCGAAGGCCACGAGGCGGUGAAGGAGGCGGUGCUGGAGGGCGCGCGCCCCGCCCUCACGCCCAGGGACCUGCAGUACCCGUGCAGCAUGGUGGAGACGAUGCGGCGCUGCUGGAGCGGGUCCCCGGAGCUGCGGCCCUCCGCCGCGGCGCUGGUGGCGGUGGCGGCCGCGCCCGAGUUCCUCGCGCUCGCGGACGCCGCCCUCGCCCGCGCCCCCACCACUGGCGUCGCCGCUGCGAAGGUCCAUCUACCGACAGAGGAGGGCGGGCUGGGGUGGGAGGUGUGGUUCGGCGGGGCGGAGCCGGAGCGAGCGCACACGCUGCUCGCCAACUCUACCACCUUCCUGCACCAUCACUCGCUGCGGGUGCCGCCAGACAAGGAGGCGGCUGUUCUGGUGACGGCGAUGUGCCGCGUGGGCAGCACCAUGUGGCUCGGAGACUCCGUGGGCAGGGUCUCGGUCUACUCUAUAUCAACGAUGGCGCUGCUGUGGAGCGUGCCGGUGCAGGAGGCGGUGGGCGGGGCGGUGUGCGGGGUGCGCGCGCUGCGCCCGCUGCCGGGGCUGGGCCGGGUGGCGCUGGCGGCGGCCGCGGGCCGGCUGUUCCUGGUGAGCGCGCACAGGCCGGAGGCCGACACCAGCUUCGUGCUCACCGAGCUCGGCACCGCCACCGAGCUCUGCUGCCUCGCCACCGUCACCCUGCCCACGGGUGUGGAGGUGUGGGCGGGCGGGGACGGGCUGAGCGCGUACCUGGUGUGCGAGGAGGGGGUGAGCGCGGCGGAGCAGGUGGCGGCGCCGGGCAAGGUGGCGCUGCUGGCCGCCGCCGGGGACCACGUGCUGGCCGCCUGCAGGCCGGGCGUGUUCGUGUACCAGUACAGUGUGAGCGACAAGCGAGUGACGGCGCGGCUCGACUGCAGCAAGCUGGCGCCCUGCUCCGAGAGCCUGCAGUCCAUCGCCAUCGACGAGCGCCUGGCCGAGGACCGCUGCAUGAUAACGGCGAUGUGCGCACUGCGGGGCGAGGUGUACGUGGGCACGGCGUGGGGCUGCAUAGUGGUGGCAGACGCGGCCUCGCUGCGCCCGCUCACCGUCUUCCGCCCCUACGAGGAGGAGGUGCGUGCUAUGAUCCCGCUGCCGGCACACGACCCCGAGAGCGGCGCCAUGUUGGCCACCCUCGGGGGUGGUUACCGCCCCCUGCUGCACAGAUAUGCGCCAGCACAGUCUAGCAGCGGCGGGGGCGCUCACGCCGGCGUCCACUGUCUGCUGUGGCGUGCUCAGCACUGGCUGCCUGACUAGAUAUAUAAAUACAAAAAGGAGUCUUUUAUACAAAUAUACAUGAGGGUAGUCGGAAAUAUCCUCAGGAACUGGUUACUCUGUACCAAGUCUGAUGCUGGACUAAGUUCUGUUGUACCGAGAGAUCUCAUCUACGAUAAUUAAUUGUAUGAUAUUAUUAGUUGAAUCUUAUAAAGCGAUAAAGUUGAAACUUGAAACGUGUAAGGUGCAUUCUUGAGCCCAAAGGGCAAAUGUAAUUUUUAUGUGUAAAUGUUUGUUAAGUUCCUGUCAAGUUUCGGUUGCUUUAGACACGCAGAAAUUAUGGGCUUCAGUUAAAAACUACAAAAAAAAUAAUUUUUCUUCAACAUGGUCGCUAAAUUUCGGUAUUUUCUAGGCAAUAGAAAAUUUAAAGCCUUACAAAAACAUGGCUGUGACCUGUAAAUAU